CCUCCUCCUCUCCAGGUCCUUCUCAAUUCUGUUUACCAUGCAGAAAAGUGCUUCCUAUCUUGGUUCCGCGACAUGCUGUCCCCUGACCAGGACUACCAGGUCACCUGGUACGCAUCCUGGAGUCCCUGUGCCAACUGUGCAGAUCUGGUGGCUGACUUUCUGGCCAGGCACACGAACGUGAGACUGACCGUAUUCGCUGCCCGCCUCUAUUAUGGCUGGGCCGCAUGUUACCGGCAGGGGCUUCGCAGGAUGAAGCAGGAAGGGGCCCAGGUGUGCAUCAUGUAUAAUGAAGAAUUUGAACACUGUUGGGACAACUUCGUGUAUAACCACGGGGAGCCUUGGGUACUGUGUUGGGACAGACUGGAUGAAAAUUAUCAGUUCCUGGUCACCAAACUGGAAGAGAUCCUCAGGUGA